GCCUUGUUCAUCAACUUUGCUCGGGUGGGGUGGAUCAGAAAGGAAAAAUGACUGCCAACACGUCUGCACAACACGCAGGUUAACCUUGGAUCGUAGUUGGUGACUGUUAUUUUUUGUUCUGUUUUCUCAAGAUAUGACACACCAUUCAGACAAGGCUUUUUUGUUACGACCAGCAGAAAUUGUGCAAAGUCGAUUUUCCAUUCGCCAAGGGGGGUUUGAAAUGCGGGAUACAAUUAGUCGAGCUUCUUCAGAUAUUCCAGUCUCUCCGCCGGAGUAUUCUUCGGAUUGAGAUCAUGAUGUUGAGAGUCAUGAAGACGGGGCGCCUGCUUACAAGUAAGUAUGUGAGCAGUUGAUAUUUUUCACGUAUUUAAAAAAUACUAACAAGGCAACAUCAUGUCAGAGACGUCGAAUCCGGAUUAAAUCGAACCUCAUCGAUCGAAAGUGUCAAAAAGCUAAAACCCGCGCUGACGAAUGCUUUUGAGCGUUCGGCACGCUAUAUACUGCGUUCAGGUAGUUAUGCAUCUCACAUCUCAUACGAGCAAGCACCUGGAACUGGAUUGAUCAAGUCGAGCAAAUACAGUGGAUGGUGCGGUGGUGUUUUGGCAGCGUCUUGUAGUGCUGCUCUGGUCCUUAUGAUCAAUACUGUGUUUACGAUUUACGAAUCGAUCGUGUCUAAGAGCGGGACCAAGGUGGGCACUCUCACGAGUGGGGAUUGUGGUAGGGUUGGAGCUAUUAAUACUGGGUUACAUAUUGCUAUCAACAUCGCUGGAACUGUAAGUGGAGUUGUUUUGUUCUUUUACUUUAUUUCACACAGCUUCUCGUUGCUUGAGUUGGCUUCUGAACUUCUGCUCCUCGUCUGCUUCUUGCUGUCCAAAAAUGCCCCUGAUCUCGCCAUUAGUAGGGGAUAGAUUCAAGCACCCGGCGCUGAUUUACUUUCAAAGGUCUUAUUAGGGGCGAGUAAUUUCACUAUGCAGUGUAUCAGCUCGCCUACCAGAAGCGAGAUUGAUGCUGCUCACGCAAGAGGAGCAUACCGAGAUAUCGGUUUGCCAAGUUUGCGAAACCUAAGUGGGUGGCUGAAAAGAAUCUUGUAUGGGUUGCUUGUCUUAUCAACUCUACCACUUCACUUUUUGUAAGUAUUGCAUAUCACUCCAUUUCAUCUCACUUCUUGGGCACUGAUCUAAAGUGAAAAUAGCUGGAACUCAGCGGUUUUCACGAAAAUCCAAUUGCUGGACUAUGACGUCCUCAUCGUCAAGCCUGAGAUGCUUUCAUAUCCAGAAGUAAACUGUAACACAAUUAUAUUGAAAUCCACCGGGUUGAAUCGUCGUCGUGGAGCACAAGGAUACUAUAACUACCCAGUAAACACAGAAAGCAGAAAUUUAGCAACUCCCAUUUGGCGAAAUGGGGUCUCUCUAGACCGCGAAUAUUGA